AUGAAGAGAGUAGCUCUUCUUUUCCUGGUAGUGAUCUGUGGCAUGGGAGGACUGGGACAAAAGCUGAAACCAAAGAAAAGAAGCAAUGGUGAAGAAAUCAAUUUUCGGACUAAAAACAAAGAUGUCUGCACAAUGAGCAUAAGUGGGGAUGAAGAGAUGAAAGCAAGAAUUGAAUGCAAAGGCCAAGGCAAGUCCUACUGGUGUGAAUACACUGGUGUGCCAUUGCUUUGUAAUCCUUUCCGAAACAAUCCAAAAAUGUAUUGGAAUCAAAUCGCCAUGGAACUCAGAAAGCUCCCUCAUGCCUGCGAAUCUACACAAAUAUUGAAGGCCAGCAUGUGCCAAAAGGCUCCUGUGGAUGCUCUCAUGAAGCAAGUAGCUGCUGGCAUGGGGCCAGAAGAUGUGGCAAAUCGGGACAAAUCAUCCCAGAAAACUUCGGCUUCUGUGAGAGGAGCUGGGAAGAGCUCUGUUAAGAAAAUGGGGAAACCUGCAAUGUUACCUCGUAUAAAACCAACCCAGCCUGGUCAAGGUUCUGAAAAUGAAACCGAAGCAAUGAAACUGGCACGGGAACAUUGCUGGGAAUCCCUGCAUGAGUUCUGCUCCUACAUUAUUGGCUUCUUUAGAGGUUAAGGAUUUACUUCAGGUAAAGCUCCAUCUUGCAGCACAGUAAAAUGUAUCUAAGAGUAACGCUGCCGUAAUUCUCUUUAUUUUAAUGUUGGGGAUCUUUCAGGGGGCAUGAAUAGGGGUGUUCCAAGAUCUAAAGUUGGAAAUUCAUACUGUGGCUUCUGAGGAUUCACAGAACCUAAACUCCCCUGAGUACCGGUAGCUCAGGACUCCCUGACUGACUGUCUGAGUCUUUAGUACGUACUGAGGUAAUUGUUCCAUCUGUUGAUAACAAAUUAGUGUCAUUUUGAGCAACUUAUAUGUUGCUGCAUCUUAGAAUUUAUGUCUGAAUCCUACAGUAUUUCAAUUCUAGCUGUUUGAAUUGGGCUCAUUUCUCCCUUCUGCCUUUUCUUCCCUCUUGCACUGUUUUUGGAUUUAAGCCAGGAAUGUGAUAA